CGCCCAGCCAGGCGUCACAGCACCGACAAGAUGGCCGAGAGUACGGGACGAAAGUGAGGGAGGAAACAAAAACACAGGCAGCUACCCUUGCCGCAGAUGCCAGACCUGUAGAUCUACAAGUUAGUGCAGAGAUUAAAGCAGGCACAUCGCUUCAUUCAAGCCUCCGUCCUGUGGGUGUCAGCUGCGGUAUGCGGACACAUCGCGCUCAGAGCCUGCUCGCGGACGGAACGUUUGUCAGUUUGUCUGCGUUCGCUAGCUAGCUAGCGGGCUAACCAUGUUAGCUAGCUGACAACACCGUUAGCGAGAGAAAACGCUUUUAGAAAGUGUCAGUUACCUUAUUUGGAAAUAUAUAGUAGUUUCUACUUGUUCGUUUCCGAAAAAUUCAAAUUUAUUAUAGUGGCAUUACCUUCCCUGGGUGGGAAACUAAAUGAACGCAUACCCAGCAGGUUAGCAAACUAACAUUGCGGAUUUCUGGAUUGCAGCUUCAGCUUUAGCAUUAGCAAACGUCUGUUAGCUUGCUCAGCUGUUUUGGAUGAUUUGGGUUAUUACGACACAGGAAAGGUACCCCAGCGUGUGUGGAGGGACAUUUUUCUUUAUAUAUUUAAGUACCUGAGCUGCUCUCAGUCGGCCUGUUUGACAAGGUGUCCUGGAGGAGUGCUAACGUGAACGGUACCAGAGCCAGGACUGUAAACACAAGUGAGCCGAGGAGGAGCUCUCUGCCCUGCGGACGAGGCAGCAUCACCAUGGCCCACUCUCCAGUCCAGGGGAACCUGCCGGGGAUGCAGAAUUCCAAAGCUGACCCGGAGGAGCUGUUCACGAAGCUGGAGCGCAUUGGCAAGGGUUCCUUUGGCGAGGUGUUCAAAGGCAUCGACAAUCGCACGCAGAAAGUGGUGGCCAUCAAGAACAUUGACCUGGAGGAGGCGGAGGACGAGAUCGAAGACAUCCAGCAGGAGAUCACGGUGCUGAGUCAGUGCGACAGCCCCUUCGUCACCAAGUACUACGGCUCAUACCUGAAGGACACAAAGUUAUGGAUCAUUAUGGAGUAUUUAGGCGGUGGCUCGGCGUUAGAUUUGAUGGAGCCCGGAGCUCUGGACGAGACGCAGAUCGCCACCAUCCUCAGAGAGAUCCUCAAGGGCCUGGAGUACCUUCACUCCGAGAAGAAGAUCCACAGGGAUAUCAAAGCCGCGAACGUGCUGCUGUCCGAGCAGGGGGAGGUGAAGCUGGCAGAUUUCGGAGUGGCGGGGCAGCUCACCGACACGCAGAUCAAGCGCAACACCUUCGUGGGCACGCCCUUCUGGAUGGCCCCCGAGGUCAUCAAACAGUCGGCCUACGACUCCAAGGCUGACAUCUGGUCUCUGGGCAUCACAGCCAUCGAGCUAGCCAAAGGUGAGCCCCCCCACUCAGAGCUGCACCCCAUGAAGGUUCUAUUCCUCAUCCCAAAGAACAACCCCCCCACGCUGGAGGGCAACUACAGCAAACCGCUCAAGGAGUUUGUGGAGGCCUGUCUGAACAAAGAGCCCAGUUUUAGGCCGACUGCCAAAGAGCUGCUGAAGCAUAAGCUGAUCGUCCGCCACGCCAAGAAGACGUCCUACCUGACGGAGCUGGUGGACAAGUACAAGAGGUGGAAGGCAGAGCAGUUAAGAACCACAGAGUCCAGUUCUGAUUCUGACUCGGAGCAGGAUGGCCAGGCGUCGGGCGGGAACGACUUCGGCAGCGACGAUUGGAUCUUCACCAUCCGAGAGAAGGACCCCAAGAAGCUGCAGAAUGGGGAGGGGCAGUCGGGGGCGACAGAACAGUCAAACGACAUUCCAAAGAGGCCUUAUUCACAGAGCCUGGCCACAGUCAUCUCUCCUGCAUUAGCCGAGCUGAAGGCGAGGCAGGAGCAGGUGAACGGGAACCCCAUGGUGCUGGACGAACUGAGGGAGGCCAUCAUGCAGGCGGAGGAGUCCUUCCCCGGCAUCGCUGAUUCUCUGGUGGAUCACAUGGUCCACAGGCUCCAGAGUUUCUCAACAAGCAGGACAUCCUCGUCCUCCCCUUAGUAACUGGCUGUCUGCCCUAACCCUGCUCUCCCAGGCCCCCACCCCCCCCACCAACUCCACAGCCGGGUCAGAAGGUUAAAAGUCAGAGGUCAGGUCAUUCAAUAUCAGCUGACUACAUUUGACCUCUGUGAGCGGGGGCCUGUAAACAUUACUGAACUCCAAAGCGGAGGAGAACUCUGGAGAGACACUUACGGGAGGAGAAGCUCAGGGGGGCAGCAGAACCCGUGGAAUCAGCUGUGAUGGGACAAAGACAGAGUAACCACCAGAAACACAGCCAACCGGGACUCUGUAUAUGGGAGACUUCUGAGUCUACACGGAAUUUGCUUCGACGAGGAGCCGAAAAUCUCCCCAAAAAUCCAAGACAAGACUUCAAUCCCCCUUCUAAUGCAGGCGUCAUAUCCCCAGAACCUCUGAAAGCAUGCUUGAUGAACCUGCAGGGAUACUAUAAGUGUGCAAGCUGCGUGUGUGCGUGCCUAAAUGCAUACGUGUGAGCGUGUUUGUGUAUGUAAGACUCCCUGUUAUAAGGCAAAUUGCAGCAUUCUUAAUGAAACCUCAGGUAAAGUGCUUUAAGUGGACUUUUGGAGGAAAGGGGGGGUAGGGGGGAGUCGCCAUGCUGUACAUGCGGGAAAUGAAUCACUGUGUGCAAAAUGGUCACGCGCAUUUUGUAGAUACUGAUUAUGUUUUAAAAAAAGUAGAUAUUUAAAGAUUUCAAUCGUUACUCCAACAGAAGGAACAGAAAAUGCCUUGCCUUUUUGAGAUGCACACGUCUACGUUCCGGCAUUUCAUCACAGAUUUUCCGUUCAGUAUUAAUCAGCGUUCUCUUUCUAAGAGGUCCAAUCUUACAUUUCAAUCACCUGCUGAAUCAUCAAACUAACUACGAUACUAAGCUUUUUUUUGUUUAGAGGCAGAAGCUUUUUCUUUGUAAUUAUGUUUAGGUCUAAGUCGGUUUGGAUUGUUUAAGACAAGAAUGGAGUCAGAUCUCUGUCAAAAGUAUUAAGGGGACUCGAGGGGAACCAUCAUUGGCAGUUGAAUGCUGAUCAACUGAAGUAUUAUUGGUCCUUGUCAUUUUCUUAAAGUGGAAGACGACCAUCGCAGGCACAUCAUGACAUCCGCUCAUUGCCAAACUAAAGCGUAAAACAGCCAAAAGCGCCAUCCUUAUUUCGUUUUUUUAUUUCUGUUCUCACUUCCACACCAUGCUAGAAGUGCCAUGUCCUUUGUAGUAUGAUUUGCACCUUUGUUUUAUUUUUGUCAGAUCAGUUUUUGCACUUUGAAAGUGUGUCGAGUAUUUAAAGAAGCCUGCAAAGAGGAGGAAAAAAUAAAGAAGUUGCUAAUAGCCAUGUUUUACUAUAUAUGUUUACUUAAGAGUUCCAGAAGUUACUACUGUGCUAAUGCAGCAAUAAUGUUGAGGAGUUGCAUCAAGGCGCACUUGUCAACACAGGGAUUGAAAGAAAUUAUCUGAUAUUUUUAUAACUGCAGAUUCAAGUAUGGAAAUAUGGAAUGCUUUACGGAUAUGGGCAAAAAAAUAUCUAUACCUUACAGAAAAACAUAUGCUACGGAAAUAACUACAACAUGUGUACAUUUGGUCUCCUUUAUCAUAACUGACAGUUUAUAGUACUGUGUAUAAUCUUUGCUUGUGUCAUUUGAGAAUUCCCAAGUUAAAUGUGAGCUCCUUGUAAGCUUUCAAAGUGACAUGAGAAAUAAAGAUCUAAUGCUAACUGAAAAA